AUAUUGCCUGGAAAUAAUGUUACAAGAUUUGUUACUGGCUUGUAUGAGCGACAUUCGCAAUGGCCAAGGCUUACAGGCUUUCACGGACAUCACAUCCAUUGAGCAUUUUGUACAUCAAUGCGAGCGCCAGGUUUUUACGGAUUUUUUAAAAAUCAUCCAAGUCUACCAUGAAGUAGUUGAUUUUACACAGUCAUUGGGAGUACAGUCCGAUGCACAUGGCCAAAUUCCAGAUUUUACCCAUGGCUUCUACUUGCUGAACUUUGCCAAGGGAAUCGACAGUGUUAUUGAGGAUUACCACGCCGAGGUCACUCGCCUGCAGAAGUAUUGCUCGGAAAGCAAGCGCAGUUCGCUCUCAUAUGUGUACGAUGGCCUGCUGGUCAGGAUGCCCGUGCUGAUCUUCCUCAGGGACCUCAUCAUGGACACCCAAGUGCGAAAGCUGCGCGGAUGCUCCGUGCUCCACAAUCUGCACCAGCAGUCCGAGCAUGGAGAUACCCAGUUGGCACGAGUAAUCAGGAAAGUUAUCAAACCUGUCAAGUAUCCAUUCUUCGCGAGUCUGGCACACUGGCUUUCGUACGGGGUGAUCGACGAUGUCCACUCGGAAUUCUUCAUUAAGUUCACCCCAACCGAUUCUGUCGAUGGUAGCUCAUGCAGCAAAUCAGCCAAUAGCUCUGUAAUGAGCGUCGACAGAAAUCCAGAGGAUUAUAUAUGGCAGUACGACAUCAAUCUGAACCAGCUGCCAGGAUUCCUGUCCAUCAUUGUCGCUGAAAAGGUCCUGUUUGUGGGUCAAACAGUGCUGGUUUUCAAAAUGGGUCGAAAUGUAAAGGCAAAAAACAAAAGAGACCAAUUGGCAGCCAAGCUGGCCGAAAUUUCGCACGAUGAAAUCUAUGAGCUGUGGAACGGCAGAGAGAACGAGUUCUUCGCAAUGGUCCAAGACCUUGGCAAAGAUGAAACAAUCGAUGUCUUCCGCGUGGAAAACGUUAUAAACGACAUCAAGAAAUUCGUUAGCAGGCGACUAUCAGAAAUAGCUGUAAACGAAGUCGAUAUUGAACGCCAAAUGGGGUUAAUCAAGGACUUUUAUUUGCUUGGCCGGGGAGAGUUCUAUAUGGAAUUCUGUUGCCAAAUGAUCGGAACCAUGGACUCGUACUUCGAAGAACGUUUUAAAAACAUCACUAGAUCAUUUGAGAUUGCCGCCACCGUCAUGGGAAUUUCGGAUGAUUUGGAAAACUUUUCGCUGACUUGCCAAAGAAGCAUUAGUGAGCCAGAUGAAAGUUGCGACUUCCACAUUUUGCAAUGUCUCAAUCUAAAGUACACUUAUGAAUGGCCUUUGAAUCUGUUGUUUUCCCCAAAAGCAAUUGAGCGAUAUAAUAGGAUAUUUCGAUUUUUACUUAUCAUUCGAACCUUUCAAUACGAUAUACAAAGAGUCUGGGCCAAGCAGACUUUCCAGGCCAAAAGGAUGCCUACGUCCUUGAAUACUAAAAUCAUAAAUCUUCGCAAUCAUCUAAUGUUCUUUCUGAACAAUAUGCAGUACUACAUUCAAGUGGAUGUGCUGGAAAGUCAAUUUGGUAUUCUUAUAAGUGUGAUUAAAAGCAAAGCAGAAUUCGAAGAAAUACAAAAAGCCCAUUCGGUAUUUCUUGCAAAUGUUCUUUCACAGUGUUUCCUGCUCUCCGAUGCGAAAGACGGCCAAGUAAAUGUCACCGGAUGCCAAACCCAAAACCCCAUUUAUGGAACUCUUCUUAAACUGUUCAGUAUUUGUGAAAAGUUUGCGCACGUAACCCAAUCAAAAAAUCCACCAGAUGACCUUAUAGGUGAAAUCGAUUUACUUAAUGAAAGAUUUGGUGUUCAAAUUGCGAGCCUUAUUCAACUAUUGGUUGACGUUAAAACAGCAUCUUGUUUGGGUCCGCUUUCUCAGCUCCUAUUGCGUUUGGAUUUUAACCAUUGGUUUAGUGCUAGCCAUAACGUUUCCGCACCUAUAUAACAAUUUCUCGACGAUAUGGCUUUACCUAAAGCUGUAGUCGUUUAAUGUCUUCUAUACGAAAGUCACUCCUGGAGAAAUGAUUAUCAAAAAUUGAGAUAUACAUUAAAACAUUAGUGUUCACUAUUACCUUAA